AUGUCUUCAACACUUCCUGCUCAACAACUCAAAUCCGUUUACGAACAUACCACUUACCAAGUUUCGAACUCCAAAGGCUAUGGUGCCGACUGGGUUGACCCACGCCUCCGAGUCGACCUGACCUUGCGAGGACUGACAACUUUGGAAAUCCGCUCGCCGUCCGACGCGUACUGUCCUCGUGUCCGCCGCUCUGCACUAGACCUACGGUCUAAUUUCGAACACGUGGACACUGUUUCGACAUGGAGGAACCUAUCCAUCGCUCAAGCAGAGGAAUUAUGCUUCUGGGAGAAGGCCUUCCAGCAGUCACUGGAAGAGCUAGUUGCAAGAGUCCUGAUGGAAGCUUUUGUAGAGCAGGAAAAUGGUAGCAAAGGUCGCUCACUGGACGAUAAUUCGCUAAUAUGCUGCCUGUUCCAAUACAUCAAAGCACUAGAGGUAAAGACUGUAUACGUCGACAUGGAGCAACUUAUACGUGGCAUGAUUGACCUAUACUACGAGGAUGAGAUGCAUCAAAAGCAUGGUUGGUUUGUCUCCAGUCGAAAUCUGCCCGCGGCCAUCUGCAACUUCCUCCGGACCCGUGACUGUUUCAAGGAGAGCUACCCCGAUCCGCAAGUCAGAGUCAGCUUCUCAGCGAAGAAAGUGCCGAGCGAGUUCAGACUCGACAUUCUCGGCGAUAUAAUGUGGUUCGCACCGGAUGUGAGGCCGAUGGGCCUUCCAGAAAUGUCAUCUCCAGGCUCCGAAAUUCGAGUGGCCCCACAAUACCUGGAGCAUAUCCUUGCAGAUCAGUGGAGCUCGUAUCCUGUUGACUCGGAGUACGAUAUCGUGUCCAAAGGCAAGCUGUUGCUUGCAUGGGAUCAGUCUAUUCAAGGCUUUCGAGGAAUCGUUCCAGGGCGCAGUACCCGAAACCACCGAACCAGCCCGACCAGGACAGGUCACUCGACAGGCCAGCAUUCCACAAGCCUUGAUCAGCUUGAUAUCAUGGAGGUGACUCUGACUGUCAACCUGACCAAAUCCUUCCCUGGAAAUGUUCGUUUCGAACUGGAAUCUCGAUUCAAAGUUCGCGUCCGUAUUGCUCCGUCACCGCACAAGCCUCAUUGGCUCCCCGAACACCAGGACAACCGGCUGUCGGUAGACGCUUUCAGUCCGUCUGCCAUCAACCGUUUGCAAGAUGAUAUAAACACUAAGGCUCUGCCAAAGCUCAAAUACGAGUAUGGUGCGCGUGGCGAAAAGCAACAUACGCCACAGCGUAUCAGUUCUUGGAUUGCAUCAUUUGAGAACACUCCGGUCUCUAAGCGUGGUGGUUUUGAAGAUGAAGGCAAACCGUUUUCCAAUCCACUGCAUCGAUGGCCGAAAGCGUGCAACCGCGGUGCUGCCGUCUCUGGCAUCAAUGUUCAGCACUUGUUCAGCGGGGAUCCCAGAAGUCCAGCAGGAAGAUCGGAGCCCAUUUCUUUACUCCGGUUGCCUUCCCCCACGAACCCAGUCAGCAAGGGCCACUUUCACGAUGGAGAGCCUUGUGAGCUAGUCAUCCAACCGUUGUCUGAAGAUUCAGACCCGGGUUCAGAUGCCCCGUUGGAGAUGGCAGUAUAUCAUCGCGGCGGAGGGCGAGAAAGAACAGCCAAGAGAUCAUUCUCUGAGCACAGCGAAGUAUCACUACCUGAUAUAAGACCAUUGGCGUUUGGUUCAUUACUCCGGAAGAAACACAUUCGGGCCGACCCCGCGCAGAAGGCAAAGAAAGAAGCUGUUUCUGCUCAGAAAUUUCAGGAGGACGAAAUCCCAUUGAUGCAGGAUAUGGCGCCUGGAGACGAGCAUACGAGCGUCUUCGAACACCGUGGUUCUUCCAAAAAGAGUCAACUCUCCAAACGAAAUUCCGACCUGUUUCUAUCUUCGUAUGAUGGCGACUCUGAAAACCAAAUUCGAGAGUACGAUCUGCGUGCUAGUCCUGUAAUGAUUCCCUAUCCAGACACCAACGAAAAGUCUAAGCAGAUGAACGAUCACUUCGGGUUUCCUCCAGUUCCUUCAAGGUCACACCAGAAGUGGGCACAAGAAGUGAAGCAACGCCAGCUGGAUCAACGUUCUCAGCGGCUUUCCAAGGCUCUCGGGAUUGUAUCAGAUCGUCUCGCGGCCAAUAAAGCCUCUCUGUCCGCCUUGAAUCAUGCCCUCAAGGGAAAAUCGAAAGCGGGGAUCAACCUCGAUGCCUGCCCUUUCGUCGGGAGCUGUGAUCCAGAUCGGAAACCCAAACGCAGGUCAGCCAAGCCCCCAUUCGAUAUGUUGCGCGAAGAUCCUGAGUGGGCUGCCCAGCUUGCGCGUUUGGACCCGGAGCUUUAUGGAGACAAUUUUGCGGAUCAGCUUAUCGAGCCAGUACAUAAAGGUCCUGCGUGGGUUGCCCAGCUUGCACGUUCUGAUCCGGAGCUUUAUGGAGACAACUUGGCGAAACAUCCCGUCGAUUCAACGCGCGGAGGUCAUGAGUGGGCUGCUCAACUCGCACGUUUCGAUCCCGCGCUUUUCGCAGACAAAGUCAAUCUGUCGAGGAAAGACAGCGUCACGCAUCCGAAAACACCUUCGAAGAGCCCCUUGAAUAAGUCGGCUCGGCCACGCCGCAUCGUCACGCCUAAGCAGUCACAGAUCCAGGCGAAUUAUGAAGUUUUCCUGAGACAGAAGGCAGAGAUGGUCAGAUCGGACACGGAGGAGAAUUUUGCUAAGUGGAUAAUGGAACGCAAUAGCAGUCAAGAUUGGGGAAGCGAAACACUUGGCGAUGAGGACGAGCAAGACGAUGAGGAUUUGAUGGGAGAAAAUGACGACGAUAAGCUCAUGGAUGAUGGCAACCUUGCGGACGAUGAGGGAAUGCCGGCAUAGAACAUAUUGGUACGGACACUAUUAGGAUGCGAAGGGCUUUCAGUUCGAGUGUUGAUUUCUUUAGGUUCUGCGAGUCACUGUUUCUUUGGUAGCGUUUUGGGUAUUGCUAUUCGUUAUGCGGCUUCAUUCGGCUUUUGGCACUCCUUCUCUUCAUUCUGCUUUUCUACCCUUACGGCUUCUGCUUGAGAUUGGUAUCAAAUCAAAUCUGUUCUACCACUCAGAAUGUGACUACUGCC